AUGAGUGCCAGCGGCACGGCCGCUCCUGGGGACGUCCCCGCGCUGCCGCUGCCGCCGCCGCCGCCGCCCGGGCCCGGCCCGGGGCCCGUACCGCCCGUUCCCGCCGCAGCUUCCCGGGACGCUAUGGACGGGCGCGCCGAGCUGCCAGCUUUUCCCCGGGCCGGUGCCCCUCCGCUCGCGGCCAGUGACACUGUGCCCGCGGGGCCCGAGGCUGCUGGAGCGGCCCGGCCCGCCGCGCCCCCACGCCCCACCUCCUUCUCAGUGCUGGACAUCCUGGACCCCAACAAGUUCAACAGCAAGAGACGCCGCUGCCUGCUGCUGGGCCCCGUAGCACCCGCGGCGUGCGCCCCGUGCGCCUCGGCCCCGUGCGCCCCGGCCCCCGCCGCCUCCGGACGCCCUCAGCGCACCGAGGAGCUGGAGCGCCAAGCCCUGGCUGCCGCCGGGGGAGUCGGAGCUGCCACCGGAGCUGAGCCGCCCAGUGCCGGCGACCCCUACAAAGCGGACGAGGCGGAGGCCAACGGCUACAGCAGCGGCGGCGGCGGCCACAGCCCGAGCGCGGACAGCGGGGACGAGGCGCCUGACGACGAGGACGAUGAGGAGCCGGAGGCGCAGGCGGCGCGCGCCGCCGAGGAGGCGCGGGGAGGCGGCGGCCUCGGGGCCCGCGGGUCGGGCUGCCCAGGAGCGGUCGAGGCGCAGGUGCCCCCCAGCGCAGUCGACGAGGCCGCAGCCCCCGGGCCCCGCGGAAACUCGCCGGGAGCCUCGGGCCCGCCGGGAACCGCGGCGGCGGCGGGGGUCACUGGGACCACUCCGCAGGGCGCGGCGGUGGCGACCAAGCCCAAGCGGAAGCGCACGGGCUCCGACUCCAAGUCGGGGAAACCGCGGCGCGCGCGUACCGCCUUCACCUACGAGCAGCUUGUGGCGCUGGAGAACAAGUUCAAGGCGACGCGCUACCUGUCCGUGUGCGAGCGCCUCAACCUGGCGUUGUCCCUCAGCCUCACCGAGACGCAGGUGAAGAUCUGGUUCCAGAACCGGCGAACCAAGUGGAAGAAGCAAAACCCGGGCGCCGACACUAGCGCGCCGACCGGCGGCGGCGGGGGCCCGGGACCCGGCGCCGGGCCGGGCGCGGGGCUUCCUGGCGGCCUCAGCCCGCUCAGCCCCUCGCCGCCUAUGGGCGCACCGCUCGCCAUGCACGGCCCCGCCGGGUACCCCGCGCACGGCCCCGGCGGGCUGGUGUGCGCCGCGCAGCUGCCCUUCCUGUCGAGCCCGGCGGUGCUCUCGCCCUUCGUGCUGGGCUCGCAGACCUACGGCGCGCCCGCCUUCUACGCGCCGCACCUCUGA